UCGUUCUGGGCCGGCGGCCGAGGCGGCAAGGCCAUGCGGCCCGCCAGGGAGUCGAAACCCCGCAGCCCCGCGCUCUUCUCCCGCGCGGUCGCGGCCUGGAGGUCUCUGGACUAACCGCUGCCUUUGUUCCGAGCGCCUCGUCCCUGCGGUUGCCCCAGCCCCUCACGCUGCCGCGCUCCGGCCAGCCCGCCCUAGGUUCCCGAACCCUCCUUCGGCUCGUGCCGCGCGGAUGCGGCUGCCGGGCCUGGGUUUGGGCUUUGAGCCGGAGGAGGAGGAGCAGCAGCGGCGCCUGGGAGGCAUGCGAUGGGGAACUGCUGCUGGACGCAGUGCUUCGGGCUGCUCCGCAAGGAAGCGGGGCGGCUGCAGCGUGUAGGAGGCGGCGGAGGAUCCAAGUAUUUUAGAACAUGCUCAAGAGGUGAGCACUUAACUAUAGAGUUUGAGAAUCUAGUAGAAAGUGAUGAAGGAGAGAGCCCAGGAAGCAGUCAUAGGCCUCUUACGGAGGAGGAAAUUGUUGACCUACGAGAGCGGCAUUAUGAUUCUAUUGCUGAGAAACAGAAAGAUCUUGAUAAGAAAAUCCAAAAAGAGUUAGCCUUACAAGAAGAGAAGUUAAGACUAGAAGAAGAAGCUUUAUACGCUGCACAGCGUGAAGCAGCCAGGGCAGCAAAGCAGCGAAAGCUCUUGGAGCAAGAAAGGCUGAGAGUUGUGCAGCGAUAUCAUCCUUCCAGCAAUGGAGACUAUCAAAGUUCAGGACCAGAAGAUGACUUUGAAUCUUGUAUGAGAAAUGUAAAGUCACAAUAUGAAGUUUAUCGAAGCAGCAGACUCUCAUCAGAUGCCACGGUAUUGACACCAAAUACAGAAAGCAGUUGUGAUUUAAUGACCAAAACUAAAUCAACUAGUGGAAAUGAUGACAGCACAUCCUUAGAUCUAGAGUGGGAAGAUGAAGAAGGCAUGAAUAGAAUGCUUCCAAUGAGAGAGCGUUCUAAAACAGAGGAAGACAUUCUCCGGGCAGCACUUAAGUGUAGCAGCAAGAAGACUGGAAGUAACCCCACGUCAGCCUCUGAUGACUCCAACGGACUGGAAUGGGAGAAUGAUUUUGUCAGUGCCGAAAUGGAUGAUAAUGGCAAUUCCGAGUAUUCUGGAUUUGUAAAUCCUGUAUUAGAACUGUCUGAUUCUGGCACGAAGCAGUCUGAUACAGGUCAACAGAUUCGAUAGGGUGAAAUUGUGUAAACUGUGUAUUAGUUAUGACCAAAUGUUAAAACCAACUAGAAUGUAUAAAUGGUUGCGUUGAGCCUUUUCAAAAGGGGGAGGUUAGAAACCACGUUGUAAAUGAUUAUUUUGUUAGAAAGGAGUAGAAAUGAUAGAUCUGAAUUGCUUCAGAAUUAAGUGCAAUUUUAUCAUCUGCCUUCUGCUUUUCAAGACCAAUUUAAUGGUUUUGUCAUGUUAUCAAUUACAUUUAAUUUAACUAUAGAAUUCCUGUUUACUCUUAUAGAUUUAUAUAUUUUAAAAAGUUCAUUACUUUUACUUCAGAUGCUUUACUAAGCCCAUUCCAUUAUAUAACUGUGAAGAUAUUAAAAGUAUUUUUUGUUAAUUCUCAGCAGAUGUGAAGGGAGCAUGAGCAGGGAUUGUCAGAUUUAGAAUAGUAUUCCUUUUCCAGCAUUAUUUACUUCUAUGGCUUCUUUGGAUUUUAUUAACUAGUAUUAAGCACAAUUAAUUUGCAUAGAUGACCCUACAAAAUGCUGAAGUAUCAGUUUCUUUCUGUUUAUUGUAUAACCUAGUAUGAUGAUGUUGAUUCGAUCUAAACAAAAGAUAAUAUGAUAAAAAUAAACUUUAGAGUUUGGACAUUUAAGUUGGUAAUAAAAAUUAUAUUUAAGGAAAUAUGUAUAUAUUUAGGUUUUUCACUUCCUUUUACAUGCAACUAUAUUGGCUUUAAAUUGAUAUAUUAAGUUUUUAGGUGUCAUUAUUUUUUUAAAUUCUGUAUUUCCAAUGAAUGAUCUUAGAUUUUACAUAGAACAUGUCCUCUGAAUGACUUAAGAAAAAAAAACAUAAAAAGGGUAAUACGGGUAUUUCAAAGUAAAUAAAAUCCUUUCUAGCA